AUGCUUUGAAGAGUGAUAGGAGAUCCUCGCCGACGCUGCGAUUGCCUCCAAAUAAUUCAGCAACUCAAAGUUCGCCAUUCGGACUGCAGAGACAUGCUGUCUGCAAUCAGGUUACAAUUGCAUUCUUACGUCUAAUAACUAAAGCAGGAAUCGCUUCGUUCGCGCUUAACUAGUUGGUUCACGGCAAUUGCUUGUAUCGCGCGGCGACACGCUCUCCAACAAUGAUGGCAAUAGGACAUCCAAACAAUAUAAGUGCUAGUCGCCAAGUACAUCCUCAUGCCAGCGUCCGGCGAAUACCCUGCGGCUUGGACCGAGGCAUCCACGCAUCUCGAUUCCGAGCCUUCACUGCCCGCAAGGCAGCCCCUGAGACUCUCCCCGGGCCCCAAGGCGCCUUCGCCCCUGGACAAGAGGCAGCGGCUAGGCAGGGCCUCUUCAACCGCAUCGCCCCUGUGUAUGACGAGCUCAACAACACACUCAGCCUGGGUCAGCACUGGGUUUGGAAGCAGAUGGCGGUUCAAUGGAGCGGUGCACGGCCGGGCGGUCGGGCGCUGGACGUGUGCUGCGGCUCCGGAGACAUUGCCUUUCUACUGGCCCGGGCGGUUGGGCCGCGCGGCGAGGUGACGGGUCUGGACUUCGCCGCUGAGAUGCUGGCGGAUGCGGCUGCACGGCAGGCGGCGCAGUCGCUGCCGGGGCUGCCUGGCAGGGCGGCGGACAUCAGGUGGGUUCAGGGUGACGCCAUGGCGCUUCCCUUCCCGCCCGACUGCUUCGACGCCGCCACCAUGGGGUACGGACUGCGCAACGUGGCGUCCAUACCCUCAGCGCUCGGGGAGCUGCAUCGGGUGCUCAAGCCGGGUUGCUCCGUUGCGAUCCUGGAUUUCAAUAACUGUACGAAUCCACUAACCGACGCAGUACAGGGCUUCUUUUUGGAGCGGUUGGUGGUUCCAACGGCCCGGCGUUACGGGCUGGAGGCGGAGUACGAAUACCUGCGACCCUCCAUUAAGCGCUUUCCAACAGGUCCGGAAUUGGAGCGCCUGGCUCGAGAUGCUGGCUUUGCAGUUGCCCGGCAUUACCCAAUUGGGUUUGAUAUGAUGGGCGUGUUGGUGGCGACAAAGAGCCGAGGCACGCGCGCCUGAGCGGUGAGCAAGGCACGUGCCACAUGCCAUCCGGCGAGCCAGCGUGGAGGCGGUCUGCUGCUUUGCUACUCAGGCCAUGAGCCGUUUGUUUUGUCCUACCUCGGCUUCGAUUUGGGUCGUGCUAGGUAUUCGUAUGUACGUAUACGGCAAGCACUUCGCGCUUGUUGCUCCGCGCCUCCGCGGUAUUGUAUGCGACGGCUUAACUCGCUGGCCAAACGGCAGAACGUCAUUCAUCAAAUGGCGCAUAGCUUGUGGUAUACAAAGGUCCCACCAAGCUUUUUCUUCCACAAUGCACACGGCAUGCCUGUACGACGCGCCAAUGUUGUUAUACUCCUGGGGUGCUGAUCGUAAGCGUCUAGCCAAGACACGAAGCUAGGCGUCAGCGCAAUACACCUCAGCAGCUCCUGUUGAAGGAUGAGAUGAUGCAUGCGUAGGCAGCUUCCCGGCUUCUGUACGGAAAAGGAAAUCAGUCAUGCCCUUUCGCCAAACGAUCCGGCAGGGCUCUCUAUCUUCAGUUACGGUUGCUAGCCCGUAGCACAGGCUGAGGCAUAUAGUCAAUGAUUAGUCGGGCGUAGCCUGGGCUACAUAGCUACACUUUCAAACUCUCGCAAGGCCGAAUUUUCUUUCCUUACACACACUAUGCACUGGCACUUACUAGCUUACACUUUACUGUGACGCUUGUGAGCAAGAGCGUUAAGUCGCCUCGCAACGCCACCUGGCAGCCCAACUUGGUCAGAGGAGACAAUUUGAAGAAGGCAGCUGAGGAUGCUGGGGCUUUGGCCGGCAGCCUUUUGCCCGUAUGUAGAUGACCUGGACGAUGAUGCGGAUCAUGUACCUACCGCCCCUGGACAGCCAAAGGGCGAGGUUGACGACAGAGGACGGAAGCGACAGCGGAGGAGCAUCUUUUUUGCGGGUCCGGAUAGCGACUCGGACGAUGGGGAGGACGACCUAAAUUUGCAAGCGGCAGCAGCUCUUAACCGGUUACGACCCGACAGCGUACAUGGCCACAUGGCAGUUGUGCCUUCGUCGCCCUACGCAGCGAAUCCUUUGAGCAAGGGCACGUGCGUGCUGACGCCCAGCUUUCCGCGACGCUCCUCGUCGCCUUGUUUGUCGAGCACGAGUUCGUUCGUGGCUGUCCAUGAAGAGCCGAACGCUUCCUUUCGCAGCUACAUGGAAGACAGGUCAGCGGCUAUGACAGCCGACGGUGUCGCCUAUCUCGGCAUCUACGACGGGCAUGGCGGCAUUGAUGCCUCCACCUUCCUGCAGCGCCACUUGCUGUCCGCCAUUCAAGCGCAUCUGCAGCCGGGUUGCGACGUACACGACGCCUUGACAACCGCCUACUCCACCACAAACGCCGCCUUCCGUGCUACGGGCUCCAUCCAAGGUUCAACAGCCACCACCGUCAUUAUCAAGCAGAAGCACCUCAUCGCCGCCAAUGUUGGCGAUUCGCCGGCUUUCGUGGUCAAGAAGUCUGGCGAAGUCUACUCGGUCAUCCAGGAGCACAAGAUCGAGGGCGACGAGGCCGCCCGUAUCGCCGCGCAGGGGGCACCCAUUUACCGCUCUCCCACGGGCCCCGCAUACAUGGGUACUCCCGACGGUACGCGGUGGCUGAACAUGUCCCGCGCCUUUGGCGAUUUUGUCUACCCCGCCAUCUCCUGCGAGCCGCACGUCUGCUCCCUGGACGUUUCGGACGGCAAGUACCUGGUCAUGGGUUCCGACGGCCUUACAGAGAAGUGGCCGGUGGCCGAGGCUGCGCAGUACCUGACGCAGCUGGCCAGUCGCGGCUGGAGCCUGCCCGCCAUUUGCCGUAGCAUGGUGGAGCAGUCGCUGGCCCGGGGCAGCACUGACAACAUCAGCUGCAUGGUCAUCGACUUGGAGGCGUACAUGCUGCACGUUACGGCGGCUGAGUUCGUCGAGGGCGGCGCGCCUGAGCAUGAUGAGAAGGCCGCUGGAUCCGAGGCGGCCGACGCGGCGGCCAAGCGGCAACGCACGGGCGGUGACACGGACGACCAGGCAAUUGGGACGCCGGUGCAGGAGUGCGAUGGAAGUCCGCAAGAGCUGCAGCGCACGACACCGGUAGAUGAGGACCGCAACGAUCGUUGGGUGUGGUUGCAGGAGGAUGCGGCAGAUGCUGGCGAGGCUAAUGAGGAGGCGCGGCAGUUUGUUUGCGCCGAGACGCCGGCGGAUGAUCAACAACAAGAGCGGCAAGGCAGCCCAGGUUGCCGGCAUCGCUGUCUGCAGCCGCGCGGUACACUGGCGUCGGCGCUUGCGCUUGCAACUUGCGCGGCGGCCGCGCUAGACGCUGAGUGCUCUGCAAGCGGCGCGGUGCAAUCUGCAUGCGAUGUACAAGACCAAGAGCCGCAGGGAGGCGUGAGCUUGUCCGUGACGGUGGCACCGGACAGCACGGACGAGGUGGUGGCGGCAAGCCCUGUGGCCUCCUCCCCUUCUCAUUGUACUACGACAGGGUGCGGUACAGGUUGCGAAUGUAUUGACGGCGCAGACGUCGCCGAGGGUGUGUGCAGCGCGUCGCGAGAUUCGGCCGAGGUUGAAGUGGCUGAGCCCGCUGCCCCGCCCGAGGCUGAAGCGGGCGGGGACCUACCGCUGGUGGAUGAGGGGGACGCCGCUGCUGUCAAUGGCGAUGUAGGCAUGCUACUCCAUAGCUGACGUCCGAUGUGUAGUCACGCCACUUGGUUGUCUGGCAUAGCUGUAAUCAUGCAUUUUGUCGGUUUGCACUUUGCGGUUGUCCAUCUGGGUCGGGUGAACAGUAUGGACAGCACGUUACCUCGGAUGGGCUGCCAUAGGGAGCGCAUACCGAGCUUCAUUGCAUUCCGCUCUUGUGAAGGGGAAGGGCCUUGUGCCGGCGGCCACGCAACUGGCAGUGACCGGCAUGUCGGGGGGUGUCUGGCUGCUAGUCGUUCCGUCCAUUGUUUUUGGGAGCUUGGCUGCAGGAAGGCUACAGGGCCGGGGGGUGAUCUCAAGGGUGCUGGGUGGAGUGAUGCCAUGUAUCGUUUUGGACCCGUGAAGCUAUGUGCCUGACGCUGGAAGGGCAUCAACGCCAAACCGUUGCGCCUUGCGUCCCAUGUUGCGGCACUAGCUGGCAGGAGUGCGCGUUUAAUUUUGCUCUCUUCCUACUGCACGUGUGAUAGCGUUUAUGCUCGCAAGUGAUUGAGCGUCGGGCCUGUCCUUGGCGACUGUUAUCCGCAACAUCCAUAGGGCCUCCUUAAUGUGUUUGCUGUACAUUCCAUGCUUCCUUUACCAGUCCGGACAGGCCUUCUCGCCGCGCUUGCUGAACUAAGUUGGACGUACAACUGCAGGCUGGCUUGUGAUUUGGCUGUACUGUUGUGUGUAGCUAUUCCCGUGUGGCGUUUUGAGUGGGCACUGCUGCAGAUCACCUAAACAUUGGUUACACAGAGUUACACCGGCCUGUCAGUCUGUACUUAAUACUGACGUGACCUUCAGACGUUGUCAGAACCAAUGUCUGUGGUGUUUUGACUUGUAACCGGUGAUGACUUGUCGACAUUUUGCCGUAUGAAUGGCUGGUAAUUGAUAACUGACCAAUGAACGACGGACCAUUUGACGAUUGUGCGGAGCCGGUGGACAGUACAGGGGGCCAUGGUGCCCCGUAUCCUCUAUGUACAUGUAGGAGGUUCGUAACUGGUACGAUUAAGGGUUUUGGUUUGUGCGGUGCUUUCUAGCGACCAGCAUGAGUCGUGCUGUGUGCAUGUUAAGUGUGACCCUUAAGAAUUUGUACGGUGCGCUGGAGGCUGAGAAUGGAAGCCAUUGCGCGUAACCCGGCAAGACUGGACUUGCCAUAUUUGUUAAAAAUGUCAACUAUUCUUGACUAA